ACCAGCAUCAGCAGUUCUCCAGAGCUCAGAGGAAGAACAUCUUCCAAGUUACAACAUUUUCUUCUCCAAAGAAACAAGAAUAAGAAUCUUGGUCAUCAUAAAAGUACUAAUAGUACAGAAUGAGGCGUACAAGGCACGUGGUCUUACCCGUGCGAUCCUGGCAGUACAUUGGUUUACUGCUAGUAUCACUGGCAUGUGUGACUUUUGGUUUAGUAGCUAGGGAUAGAGAAGGACAAGCCGGAAGCUUGACCAGUCCUGAACUUCUUCAUCGUGCCCCUCAUGACGUGGACGUUUGCCCAAAUUUGAAUAUUUUCGCGAAAUCCUCGGUCUGUCUUGAUCUUCCAGAAAAACAAAAUUUCGACUUGAAAAUUAAUAAACGGAAGAGUGACAGUACGGAUGUCGUUCGAAUCGAUAAGAGAUCAACAGAAUUGAGUAUCAACAGAAACGAUCUUUCGGAAAAAAGACACAGAACGAUAAACGAACGACGAGUUUCGGACAGUUCUUCUUAUCCAAUGAAAAAAUUCUCGCGUUCUUUGGAACGAAUCAACUCACAAAUCGAGAACGUUGGACUAUCUUACCGAAAUUCACCUAAUUCAGAAAGAAUUCAAAAUCGAGGAUUGAAAUCUGUAGAACAACGAAAAUUCAGAAUCGAUGAUUCGGAAAGACGAUUAAUGAAAGAACGACGUAUAAACGAACAUAGAAAUUCUCGAAACAGUAUUUCGGACCGACGAUCGAAAUUUGGAACAGAACUUGAAACUUUCAACAGUAGACGUCAAUUAAAUAUAGACAUAGAACGUAGAAAUUCCCGAAUAGAUGCUUUAAAUCGCGAACGUCGAUUGAAUGCAGAUGCAGAACGUAAAAGUUCUCGAGUAGAUAAUCAUAAUCGCGAACAUCGAUUGAACGACGAUGCAGAACGUAGGAGUUCACGACUAGAUAAUCUUAAUCGUCAACGUAGAUCAAGAAAUUCCCGACUCGAUUCUUUAAAUCGCGAACGUCGAUUGUCGAGCAUGGCCGAUCGAAGAAGUACUCGAAUAACCCGUGGAAAUCGUCAUGACUCUGAAUCAUUUUAUUUGAACUCCUUAAGAACGAAAUUCACCUCUCCAGAUAAUACUUUAGCCGAUCAACAAUAUAUUCGACGAGAAAAUAUUCGAUCACAAAUUAGAAACAUAAGAUUUAACUUAAUUGAACGAAAGCAAUCUGGAAAUAGGCUAGAAGAUCAACGAUUCGGACGCAGAAUGCUCGAUCUCGAGGAUCGCAAACUCCUCGAUCGACGCUCUCGUUCUAUCGAACAACGAAAUAUAAAUGCAUUCAAUCGUGAUACCACAUACCUUGGCUUAAGACGUAGAAUUUCCAUUGUACGAAAUUUCGAAUAUAUAAAUCACCGUGAUAAUAUUAAACGUGAUCUUAUUAACCGUUUAUCGCGAUCUCUUUUCACUAAAAGAGAUUCACGAGGACAAAUUGUACAUUCUAAAACUGAUAGAUCCUCAGAAAUUAUAGGAACACCGAAACAAAAUCGUUAUGAGUUUACUGCGCUAAAGCGUAUAGUUCGGUCUCUCAAUGCUAAAAAUCUUCGAAAUGCUCUUCAUACUGUACGCUACUACUCUUUUAAUUCAUCCUUACAAUUAGAUCAUACUAGAAUCGAACGCAAUAGUUUCUCUAACGAACGAUUGAAUGAAAGAUCAUCGCGAGGACAAAUUGCUGACGAGAUUUCACUUCUGGAACGAAGGCUAACUCAAAACAGACAACAUCGCAUUGCAAGGAUAUUUACAUCUGAAAUUUCGAAUCGUAAAUCAUUUAUUAUCCGAAAAUACCAUGUUUCAAAACAAGCAGAAAGAUUGAGUCGUUCACUCGAUAAUAUUAAUCGAUUGAAUUCCAACGAAAGACGUGAAUCUGCCGAAAAUAGACGCUUUAGAACUAAAAACGAUCAUAGUUAUUCUGUUUUGUCGACUGAACGACAAGAUAUUCAAGAACAACGAGAAAACCUUCCACGAAAAACUUCCAUUUUGGUUCUUUCUAAUAACUCUGAAGAACGACGACGUUUAAAUACGAGAAUUCAAGAACAAAGUAAUGGAAGAGUCGAAAAAUUGAUGAAUGAGAAACGUAGAUCCAGUGAUUCUCGCUUAAUCGGAAAAGAAGAACGUUUAAUGGUAUUACGAUCGCGAGAUCACCAUAGAGAUAUUCGAUUGAAUUUGAAAAAAAGACAUAAUGAUUCACAAAUUCGGUACAUUGAUUCACUUACUCGACGAGAAAAUUCCAAUUUUGAUAGAACUUCCAAAUUGAUGGAACGAUCUAGAAGUAACACUGAUAAGAGAUCCUCAUACCGAAAAUUAAUCGAUUUUAGACAAUCCAAUUCUGAAAAGAUCAGAACAUCUGAAAGACCUAUUCAGCAUCGAAAUACGCUUUUGAUUCCUAUGAUCGAUCAUAAUCGAUCGAAUGUAGCAAAAAAUAAAGAAAAUACCAAACAAUUCUUUGAUACAAAUCAUAAAAUUCAAAGAAUCUUCAAAGAAUUCAGGAGUGAAGAAUACGGAGAAAAAAUAGGGAUGAUAUCAAACUUGCUAAAAACAAACGUUCUCUUGGACUAUAAUUUGUCUUUCGAAAUAAUACGGCAACCUUUCAUGAUCAUCAUUUGUAUCUUAUAUGGAUUAUCGAUGACUAAAAAUAACAAACUUUUUACGGGUAAUCUGAUGGAACGUAUUACUAAAUUAGUAUUACGAUGA